AUGUUUGUUGGGGUUACAUUGAGCAAAACAGUAGGCGGUAGGCUAAUCGCAUCCACCCUAGUCCAAGAAAGAUCCCAUCUCUCCAACGGAUCAAUGGAUGACCACAAUCGUGGUUCGGGGCAGAUGAUGGAUGGAACCCAGAUCAAUAUAGAUGUAACUGCACUUGGGGCUAUAAUUGCUUUGGGUCUAAUGUACUUAAAGGAUUCAUCCAUCAGAAGAUUGGAUUCAGGGUUAGAUACCCAAAGUAGUCUUGAAUGGCAUCAAAGGAUUCAUCCAUCAGAAGAUUGUGGUGGCGGCGUAGUGGUAACUGGAGGUGGUGUGGCAGUUGCUGCCGGAAUUUCUUGA